AUGCUGGAGGCAGACAAUCACUUUAAUGACAGUGGCAAAGGCAUCAAUUCAUAUAGCACUGGAGAAAGCAAUGCAGAGAGCAGGAGCCGUGGAGGCGGGAGGAGGAGGAGGAGGAGGAGAAGGCGGAGAAAAAGCGGUGAGGAGGGCGUGAGGGGAGCGGCUGGGGCGCCCGCAGAGCUGAAGUUGAGUGCCAAGCGGCGUGGGGGGAGGCCGCCGCGGAGCGCCGGCUGGGGGAGCCUGGGAGCCAAUCUCCCCGGGGGAAAACGCGCUCGCUUCUGCUCGGGCGACGGAGGCGCGCCCCAACUCGGGUCUCUUGGGGCCAGAGUCCGGGGAGCGCAGUCCGAAGUCCCAGGGCGAAAGGGCUCCGGGGCGCGCGCCGCCGGUGUUGCGCGCUUGAGGCGCCCUGGCCGGGGGGAUGCCCCUGUGCGGGCUCGGCGACUAGCCCGGCCGCCUGGUGCAUGGCCCAGCUAUGGAGGUGGUGGACGAGACAGAGGCUCUGCAGCGCUUCUUCGAAGAAUUCUAAAUUCUGUGGAACCCAGAAAAUUCCAGGGAUUUGAUCCUUUCCUCACAGCACAUUCUACCUGUUGCAUUGUGGCAAGCCUCUGAUUGCCACGGAUCACAAAAGGAGCUUGCAGCCAGUUCUGACUCU